UCGAAGGAAGACGAAGCCCCUCCGUUCCACAGAGCGCCUGGCGGGGAAUAUGGCUGGGGAGAACAACGCAAAACCCAAGUUUCUGAGGCUUCUGGUGCUGUGCGUCGGGCUCUCUCUCCUGGCGUUUUCGUUCCUGCUGCACACGCAGGAUUUACGAAUCUUUUCAUGGGCCGAGUUGGGAGGUGGCGAUCACAGCCAGCUGGCAACGGUUGCGGCCGCUUCGCCUGGGACGAGGCACCACCGAGAAGGAUUAUCUUUCGUGCGAGCAAAUACCGACAGCUAUGGCGACACUGAAAACAAAUCUGACAAGCAACUUCUCAGGGAAGGAAGGGAUUAUAUACUUUCCGAAAAGGACAAUGAUGAUUUACCCGAACGCACAGCAACCUUACAACCGCUCGCCUCAGGGGCUACGAACAGAUCCAGCCUAGUGGCGGGAAACGAUUCGAAAGAGCAACUGGAAUGGGAACACACGAUGGAGACGAGAUUCGCCGAGAGAAAGGAUUUGCUGGAAGAGAAGUGUGAGAAUUACAACGGGAGCAUUCCAAAAGACGUGAAGAGAACGCUGAGGGACGCCUUUCUUUAUUCGCGAAAGUACAGCUUCCUGAUCUGCGUCACUGCUAAGGGAGGCGCCUCAACAUGGAAGACCCACUUGCUUCGAAUGAACGGAUACACGAAGUACAUCGAACAUCCCCAUGAAACAAAUCUCAAAAAAAGAAUGAUUGCUGAGAAACUCCUGAGCAGCUCUGAGCUCUACAGAAAAAUGCACCGAGAGGAAGAGGAGGUCACCCGUGUGAUAUCGGUGAGGCAUCCGUUUUCCCGCCUCGUGUCCGCUUAUACGGACAAGUUCGUCAACGGCAGCCUGUCGUCCCCGGGGAAAAACAAAUUGAACCUGUACGAGAUAGCCUUGAGACUGAUGGGCAAACCUGUUUCACCCUCAGUACAAGUUGCUGUCCCCUUUUCUGUUUUUCUCAGGAGCGUCAUAGAAGAAAAUAAGGGCGGGGCGGUGGACAUGAACAGGCACUGGCGCCCCUACAGCACCAACUGCAGACCCUGCCACGUCCCGUUCGAUUACAUCGUGAAGCUGGAGACCUUCGAGGAGGACCUCCGCUACCUCGUCCUCAAACUCGGUAUCAAAGAGAUCAACGUGACGACCCAGAAGAACAAAUCGAGCAAGAGCAAAUCUCCGACCUACGAAGCCUAUUACAGGAAUAUCUCGGACGACAUCAUCGCUAGACUCUAUGCCAUCUACAAAGAGGAUUUCCGUCUCUUUGGCUACGAAGUGCCGCAGUUUGUGAAAGAAGCUUUGUCUAAAACCGUCCGGUGAUCUGAGAGUUACUUUUUCGGAGACAGUCAUCACGUGGAUUAAACUUAUUAGUAACCAGAGCAAAAGAAGCUCUUAAACUCUCGACAUCAAUAUCACACUUGUGCUGGACAGUCGUUUCUGGGUAUAUCUUUUCAAUGGGCACUUACCCAAGCCUGCGGUGUCAAAGAUGGUGCAUAAAAAAAUUGGCAAAUAUGCUCCGCUUUCUCAUAGCCCGGUUGCACGUCAUUCCAAAAGCAUUUGCAUGUAAUGGGACCUACUCUGACUUAAAUCACAUCGGUGGAAUGUCAAGACUAAGUGUGUGUGAGCUUUGUGAUGGUGAUAAUCCUGAAGACAUUGCUGAUUCAAGUGCGGGAAUGUUUUUUGAACAGUUAUCACCUAAGGAAAAUGGUUCUCGGUGUACAGGCGUCUCAGGGGAGUAAUACCCAGGGGGAAAUAUUAUUGACUUGAGCGAAAGAUUCUUAGACCGUAAUCGUAAUUUAGAAUUGUGUGUACAAUCAUUUCGGGAUGGUAACGUUCCUGGAAAAAAAUUCUUGAUCUAUACGCACGUGUCUGAACGGUAAAUAAUCACCAAGUGAAGUUAUUCACCCGAGUAUUAAUUUAUGAGAACAGUAACUCUUCAAUUAAAUCUGGGUAUAAUUUAGUUGUUGGGAAAGGAUCAUAUCAGAAAAACUAGUUUGAUCAGAAAUUGCCUUUUUCGGAAGGAAACACAUCAGAAAAAGAAUUAACUGCGUCUCAGAAGUUUUUGCGAAAGUAUCGGGAAAAAUUAUUCUUAUUGUAAGUUAGUUUCUGGGAAAGUAACACAUCAGAAAAAAAACAACACUAAUGUAAACAUUAGUGUUGUUUUUUCUGAUUUGUAAGUUAGCUGUUCGGGCAGGAAACUAGAAAGAGGCACUCUGAAUAUGAGUUAGAUAAAAAUUCAUUCAGCAGACGUUAGCUUUGAAACAGCUCUCCAAAGUAAAAAAAAAAAAAAAAAAAAAAAAAAAAAAAAAAAAAAAAAAAAAAAAAAAUUACCAUAAAACUAUAAGCACGAUAAAUGAUCUGUGGUAAAGUCAGGCGUUAAAAUGUCCUAAUUGCUGAGACUGAAAUGAGAUUGCUAAAUUUUUUACUUUUUCAUUUACUUCUUCAUUUCAGUAAUGUGAGUAGAUUCUUGAUUCAUUAGUUGCAGGAGUAGUGGGGCAGGGAGUGCUGUCUUUGCUCUCUUCUGGAGAUAGCACAUCUUAGUGGAGACCGCCUUUUUAGUUUUCUGUAAAAGACAACUAUUGAGAUGGCUAUUUGUCUGUCCGUCCGCCCUCAAAUCUUAAAAACUACCGAGGCUAGAGGGCUGCAAAUUGAUAAGUUGAUCAUCCACCCUCCAAUCAUCAAACAUAUCAAAUUACAGCCCUCUAGCGGCAGUAUUUUUAAUUUUCUUUAAGGUUAAAUUUAACCACGGUCGUGCGUCUGGCACCACUAUAGGUGCCAGCAACACAGGGCACCACUGGGCCGUGGCUGAAAGUGUUUUGGGCUGCGGUUGAGAAUUUCAUGGGACUUGACUGAGAGUUUCAUUCAAUAUUAUACGCUGAACAGAAAACUCGAUUGCCCCGAAGAAACUUCGGCGCAUUAUUUUUUAAUUGUUUUUGAAGUGAGACCAUUGAAGACAGCAGAAUUAUAACAUGAUGUUGUAUGUCCUGAAAGUUACUGUAAUGCAACAAA